UAUAUUAUAUAUUUUUAAAGAUUGUUGUAUAAUGGCAUUUUAUUAUGGUUAAUUGAAUUCCUAUUGGAUAGCCAUUAGCAACAUUAUGAGCACACGUUGUAUAGAAAGGCUUUCAAGUUUAAAACCCAUUGUGAGUAUAGGCUUCCGAGUGGCACAGCGGUCUAAGGCACUGCAUCUCAAUGCUAAAGGUGUCACUGCUAAAGGUGUCACAAACCAGACCCUGGUUUGAUUCCAGGCUGUAUUACAACCGUCCGUGAUUGGGAGUCCCAUAGGACGGCGCACAAUUGGCCAAGAGUUGUCUGGGUUAGUGUUUGGCCGAGGUAGGCCAUCAUUGUAAAUAAUAAUUUGUUCUUAAGUGACUUGCCUAGUUAAAUAAAGGUUAAAGAAAAACAUGUAGUUGAACUAUAGUUGAUAUAACUGUAUUUGCUUUCCAAAUUCAGGUCUGAACAUUUUCAUUAUAUAUUUAAAAAAUACUAAUUUUAAAAAUCUUAUUGUUGUGAAUUUAUAUGUACAUUUGUCAUUUGUAUUGCAGCGCUUAAAUCGUUGCAGCUUCCUUCUUGCCUGGUAUGGAUUGUUGUUACUUUUUAUGAUCACUUUAUAAACAAUCAAUAACAGGUAAGAAGAAAGUUUCAUAAAAGAAGCCAACCAUAACACACCAGACAUGUUACAUCAUUUCAAUGCCAAACCUGGUCUAACAGUGGAAACGGUUGGUCCCAAGAAAGCACCAAUCACUCAUUUCCAUUAGACAGUUACAUAGAUUAUCUCAUUGGCAAAGGAAACUCUAGUUGAAAGCCAUCCAUAUUUUGAGAGGUCAGCUCUGCAUAUUUUGAGAGGUCCGCUCAACACAACUCACAAGUACUACUCCAACAGUCAGAGAUCAAGGUUUACUACCCAAAAUAGACUGUGAAAAUCCAAUUAAUGGCUUGAUCCACUGUAGCCUAAGCAACACACGCUUUAGGUUAGCAUGUCUGUUUUAAUCAACAGAGGAGCAUAUUGCAAGUAUGAACUUUUUUCACAUGCUGGAUAAGUACAGUAUACGCAAGAACAAAUCAAAACCUGGAUAUGUUAUGUUUUUGUCACAAUCUUAUCAAAAGGAAUGACAUUGUCCCAAUAAUGCCUCAACCUGGGGACCUGAUUGAGAUAUUCCGGGGGACCUAUCAGCACUGGGCCUUGUAUGUUGGAGAAGGCUACAUCGUCCACCUCUGUCCCCCCACUGAGGCAGCUGGGGCUGGUGCCUACAGCCUAGUGUCUGUGUUGUGUGACACAGCCGUUGUGACCAAGGAGAGCCUGGAGGAGAUAGUGGGGAAGGACAGGUUCCUUGUCAACAACCUGCUGGAUGACAAACACAAACCCCGGAGUGUUUAUAACAUACUGAGGGAUGCCCGCAGCCUGCUGGGCCUGGAGAUGCCAUACUGCAUCCUGAGGGGAAACUGUGAACACUUUGUCACAGAGCUGAGAUAUGGGAAGGGAGAGUCCCGGCAGGUAUAUUAUGCUCUGGGCGUAGGUGUUAGAGCAGUGGCGAUUGGCAUGAAGGCCCUGAAUGCAGCGUCAAACAUCUCUUGUGUGAAGUCAAAACAAAAGCGGAUACUCCUUUGAACCUUCGAGUCACCUUCCUCCGUCUACCUCUGGGGUGAAUGCAGAGACAGCGGAACAAUUUUUUUUGACAGGGGGUAUAAUUCCCUACAUUUGGUAGGCUAUUUGUAAGUCAAUUAAAUUAGACACAUGCAUUUUCUUUUCUGCCCUUUGCCUACUAGUUGCCCCCUAGGACAGCGUUUCCCAAACUUGGUCCUGGGGCCUCCCCUGGGUGCACAUUUUGGUUUUGGGGGGGGGCAGCACCAGGACCACAUUCGGGAAACCCUGCUCACCAGGAUAAUGUCAUAAAUUAGGAAAACUACAGCUUUUCAGAACAAUAAGGAGAUUGAGUGCCUAUCCUGUUGUCCUACGUAUUGUUACAGACAGUGCGUAGGCCUAAAUAUGUGGUGUGAUUCCAUGCAUGAUUGUUGACAGAUUGUACAUAAUGAAUUUCUUAAUGUUUGUUUUAUUGACACAUGAAAUGUUAGCUUUUUGUCUAAUCACAUUAAACUGUAUGAUGGUGAAUCAAAUGUCAUUUUCAUUCUUCUGAUUGGUGAGUCUUCAAUUUUGUUAAUUAAAAACUACACCCUUG